AAAAAAAUUCUUUAUUAUUAUUAUAAAUCAUCAUCAUCAUUAUCAAGUUUUUUUUGAUAUUAUUAUUCUUAUUGUGCUGCAAAAAAAAAAAGCAACAUGAUGCCCUACGCCCAGUUUCUGUCGACGUUGCAUUUCCUACUGUCUCUUGCGACGUGAAUUUAGUCAUGCUAUUAUUAAUUAAUUUAAUAAACAAAUAAUUAUAUUGUCAAUGAUAAAGAAAUUAAUCAUUAAUCAUCAUUUGCCAAAACGUGGCUAUGGUUGUGGCAAGUAUUGGCUGGGUACAAAAUACCAAUUAUUCAUUAUUAAAUCAAAUUGAAAAUAACAAUAUGAAUACAACAGUUUAUGAUAAUAACACAACCAACAACAACAACAACAUCAACAAUAAUACAAACAACAACAACAACAACAAAAUGAGUGCUAAAGGAAUGUUAAUAUGUCGUGAUAAUUCACAUGCAUUUCAAGAUCGUACAUUGAAUUUGGAUGAAGCAGUUAAAAUUGGACGUUCGGUAGCACGUACACGUGCAUCAAUUGAUAAUGCAAUAUUUGAUUGUAAAGUAUUAUCACGUAAUCAUGCGCAGUUAUGGUAUAAAAAUGGUAAAUUUUAUCUUCAAGAUACUGGUAGUAGUAAUGGUACAUUUGUUAAUAAUCAAAGAUUAAGUACAACUGGUUCUGAAUCAAAAGCUAAAGAAGUAUGUUCUGGUGAUAUUGUACAAUUUGGUGUUGAUGUUAUUGAAAGUACUAAAAAAGUAACACAUGGUUGUAUUAUUGCAACAUUAAAAUUAUAUUUACCAGAUGGUAAAGAAGCAAUUUCAAAUCGUUCAAUGUAUGUUACAAGACAAGCUGAUGUUACACUUGAAGAUCUUUAUAAAUUAAAUCAAUAUGUACAAGAAGCAAGUAGACGUGAAAAAGUAUUACAAUCAAAGCUAACACAUUUACAAAAAUUAGUUGAUAAUAUGAAAGUAUCAGCAAGUCAAUCAUGGAAGGCACUUAUUGAUGAAGAUCGUUUAUUAUCACGUGUUAAAACAGUUGAAAGUCAACUUGUUGCAUAUUCAAAAAAUUUUACUGAAGAUAAAAUAAGAAAUGAAUUAGUUAAACUUGAAGAAGAAAAAUCACAAUAUCAAAUUGUUGCUAAAGAUACAUUACAAAAAGUACAUCAAGAAAAAAUUGAAUUAUCACAAAAAAUAAUGCAUCUUGAAUGUCGAUUAAAUGAAACUGAAGAUGAAUGUCAAAGUUUACAUGAUAUAUCAAAAAAUACACAAUUAGAAUUACAAGAAUUAGCUGUUAAAUAUACAACAUCACAAAAAAAUUUAUUACAACUUGAAGUAUCAUGUAAUGAAAAAGAACAAAAUAAUAUUGAUUUAAUUAAAACACAUGAACAAGAAAAACAAGAUAUCAUUGAUAAACUAAAACAACAUAAUAAAAUUGAAAUAUAUUUAAAAAAUAAAUUAAAACAAUAUCGUAUUGAUAGAAUAAAUAUACACAAACAAUUAACAAUAUUAAAAAAUUAUUUACAACCAUCAUUUAAUAAUGAUGGAACAAUAAUUGAUGCUUCAACAAAUAUUAUUCCAAAUAGUAUAAUGGAUACAAUAAACAUAACACUUGAUGAUAUUCUCAAUGAAUCAAGUAACAUUGAUAUUGAUAAUAUUGAUGAUUCACUUGAAAAUUUAAUUAAUUUACAAAGUAAUGAUUCAAAUGAAAAAUUAACAUCAACAUCAAUUGCUGAUACUACCACUACAACCACAACCACCAACUCUAGCAUCACAACUGCAACUGAACGUUCAAAUUCAUAUGAAAAAAAUGAUGAUAUUGAUAAUAAUAAUGACAAUGAAGAUAAUGAUGAUGACGAGGAAGAAACUAAUAAUCGUGAAAUUCAUGCUGAAUAUAUAUUACCACCAACAUCAAGAAGAACCCUUGUAAAUGGAAAAAUAAAUGUAGAAAAUGAUAAUGAUGAUGAUGAUGAUGAUGAUAAUGAUGAUGAUGAUUGUUCAGAAAUAAGUGGACAAACAUGUAUCAUUAAUGAUAAAAAUAAUUCAAUCAAUGAUCGUAAUGGUGAUGAUGAUGAUGAUGAUGGUGAUGAUACAUCUGAUGAAAAAUCAAUAAUUGAAAAUAAAAAAAUUGACGAUGUAAUUAAUCGUGAUAUUAAUAAGUUGGAAGUUAGAUUUGCUAGUGAUGUUAAUGGUGAACAAUUGGAAACAAUUCAUUAUGAUAAAGAUGAUAAAAAUAAUAAUAAUGAUGAUGAUGAUGAUGAAGAUGAUGAUGGUGACGAUGGUGAUGGUGAUGAAACUGGACAAGGUGAUGAUUCAUCUGAUUCAGCAGAUUCACCAAAUGCAUCAUUUUCUUCAGUAACAGCAACUGAUGGAAACGAUGAUAAAGAUGAUUGUAUUGAAAAAUGUGAAGAAUGGAAAAUUGAUGAUGAUGAAGAAGAAGAAGAUGGUGAACAUCUUGAGGAUUCCAUCUCUCAAUGCCAUACCACCAAUAAUAUUGAAAGAAAAAAAAAUGUCCAAUUGAUUAAUCCAAUGAAGAGAAAACUAGAAGAAUUUCAAAUUGUCAAUAAAAUGGCAGGUGGUACAUCAACAUCAAAUGGUGAUUCAUCACAAAAUCGUAUAUGUCGUGAUUUUUUACGUAAUGUUUGUCAUCGUGGUAAACGUUGUAAGUACAUACAUGAAAGAACACAUGACAAUCCAAUUGAUGAAUAUACAUUUUGUCAUGAUUAUCAAAAUGGCAUGUGUAAUUGGCCUGGUUGUAAAUUUUUACAUUGUACAGAAAAUGAAGAAAAACAUUUUCGUACAACUGGUGAAUUACCAGCACAUAUUAUUAAUCGUAUUAAAAAUAUUAAUAAUGAUGUCAAUAAAAUUGAAUUACCAGUAUGUAAAGAUUUUAUAAAAGGUAGCUGUCAAAGAUUAAAUUGUAAAUUUCGUCAUUAUAAAAAAGAUGAAGUACAAAAUAAUAAUACCAACAAUAACAUUAACAACAACAACAACAACAAUAAUAAUAAUAGUAAUUGUAGUAAUACUAUUCAGCCACAUAUUAAUCCACCAAGAUCACAACAACAUUUUAAUGGUAAUAAUAAUAAUAAUGUUAAUGGUGAUCAACGACAUUUUGAGGAAGACAGAAAUUAUCAUUGGCAAAUUGAAGAUCAACAUCCAAUGAUUAUUAAUAGUGGAUACAAUGCAUCACCACAUCCUGGUGAUUAUUUAUCACCACCAGAACCAAAACGUAGAAUAAUAUCUGGUGAAACUGUAUUACAUUUUGAGACAUCACCACAACUUGUUGGUCAACAAAUAACAUCUGGUUAUUAUUAUCCAGUUAUUGCAAGAAAUGAAGCAAGAUCAUUUGUUCUUGAAGAUGAAAAUUCAUUAUUAAGAAAAAAAAUUGAUGAAUUAAAAAAAAAAGUAAGUGAUUUAACAGCAACAAAUGAAUUUUUACUUGAUCAAAAUGCACAAUUACGUAUGUCUGGUAAACGUACAACAAGUGUUACAGCAGUAACAGUACCAGCAGUUACAAUAACACCAACACAAGCACCAACACCACAACAAAUGGUUAAUGCUGCUGUUGCUGCUGGUACAUUAAGAACAGUUACAGCAAGUGUUGCAACAGUACCAGUUAGUAUUGCAACUGUAACACCAGUAUCAAUUGCUGCUGUAUCAAUGGCACCAGUAUCAAUACCACAACCAAUUGUAACAAUGGCACAACAAACAAUAACAAUGAGUGGUGUUGGUCCACAACAAAAUAAUCAACAACAACAAAAUUCACAACAAACAAAUAAUUUACCAUUAUCACUUUCUGGUGCAACUGGUCUAUCAUAUCCAAUAAUGACACAAGAAUUAAGGCCUGUUUUACAGUAGCAAUAAAAUAUUAUUCAUUCAUUCAUUUUACA